CAGCAAGACGAUCUCUUACUUUACGGUUGUGUUUUGUCGCAAUGUCCGGUGUUGCGCAGGACCAAAAUUAGACGAAUUCAGUGUUUGUACGAUGUGUUGACUGAGUAGUGAGUGGUACGCGAUCUCAACGACGAAGAGUAACGAAAGCAUGGGCGUCAUCAACAGCACGUAUGAGUAAAUUGACUAACUAGCAAGCAGCUAACGGCUCGGAUGUUCGAAUUGACAUUUUCAAAAACUUAAGAACUCUGUCGAACACAAAUUGUUUGAGACUUGUAAACGCAAAUCACGCCCCUCAAUAAACUCCACCCACAAUUCAUUUAAUGUCGUUCAUAAUGUUUUUGAAUUGAAAAUCUGUGCCUCUGUGUGUCAUACUAACGCACUGCUCACCGUGUCCAUAGCCACCUUAGCUGCCGGAAGUGACAACCGUUAGCCAACAACAAGUAGAAUUGUCACAAGUAGCGGCGACAACAUGCAAAAUGCCACCAGCGAUACUUGGACUUUAAAACCACAACAACAACAACGUGUAAAAUUGUCAAUUAGAGUGUAACAAAACAACAGCUGCAACAAAAACAAAAAGUGCAACAGUAAAAAGACGCAAGCACAAGCAACGUAAACAACAAAAGUGUUGCAACAACUAAACAACAACAGCAACAAUAAUAAGCAAAUCGGUAAUAGAUAUUAACUGUAACGCGCAGCAACUUGCCGCAACACAGUUAACAACAUCCGUCGGUGCGAUACACCGCAACGACUUGAGGAGGAAGUGCACCGGCGCGCGUCUGCUCGCUCACACGCUCCACAACGCCAGCGAGAGCGCAAUAAAGGAUGCCAACAAGUAGUUACAACAACAACAUGCAACAGAGAUUUGAAAGCGACAGUCACUUAAAAUAACAGUUGUGCACAAGCUGCCCACAAGACGAAGAAGAAGAAGCAGUGAAAUAAAUUAGAAAAAACGGUGCCGAUCAUUUGAAUUGUGAUUUGUGAUUUCUUCCUGCCUGACCAACUGGUUGUCGGCCUCACAAGCUGCCGCACGCCACCCAACUACCUGCUCUCCGCUACAGACUGACCGCGUCUGGCUGGCGUUUAUCUACCUAGCGGCCGGGCAGCGGAUAUCCGUUCCGUUUGCAAUUAUAUCGGGUGUCCGUUGUGCAAUUAAUUGCGAACAGUCUCGAUUCAGUUGCGGGAAACUUAUGCGACGUGGCGUCCCUACGUCCAAGCCAUCAAGCAAACAAACACUCUUACAUACACACACGCUCGUACGCUUCGCGCAGUCGCGUAAUUUCGUUGCGCAUUUGCAAUUUAUCCGGAAAACCUAUUCACAGCAGCCAGACAGUGCAACGCGGUGCAUUUUCGAUAAGUGCUGACCAGCAACGGCGGCCGUGGUGUCAACGUCUGCGUCGACAACGACAACGACGCCGGCGUCAGCUGCAAAGUUGAGAUUGGUUGGUGUAGCCAAUUGCUAGUGCUACUCAACUUCAUAACUAUAGAAAACCAAAAACAAAAGCAAUAUAAUCGCAAGCUAACAACCAGUAGCAACAACAACAACUAUAAAACGUAAAUGCAACAUUGAGAUUUCCAAGCACCCAGAAUACGAAUACCUAUGCGUUUCACAACAAGGCGACGCUCAGCAGACACUGUGAUGAGUUUAAGUAACGCCCACAAGCAUUUAAGUUUCAUCUAUAAGCCAGCAACAAAUUUGAUACAAAACGAAACACCCUAGUGAUGAGAGAGAAGGAUCACUCACCAAGAAAAAUGCUACCCAGCCCUAAGCAAGGGUCCGUUUAUCCAUUAUUAGGCCUUGUGCCCACCACUACCUAUGCAUCACAAGUACCUUAUGACCUAUCGGUGACGGCGACGCGCACCUCAACGGCUGCUUUGGGUACGUCGCCACUCUCGCUCACCAUAUCUGCCUUAAGUCAAAGCCACAAUGAAGCAAAAAACCGUAAGCGGUGCAGCAGUUACGAUCAGCCGCUUGACCUGCGACUGGCACAUAAAAAGCACGACGGCUCCAAUACAAGCGGCGCUUCCUCACCGCUGGAGGAUGAGAACAGCAAUCUCAUAUACAAUAUUACCAACUACAACAACUCCAACUGUCACACCAAACCCACAAGCGCUGCAUCGCCUAGCAAUCAUAAUUCCCAACAUGCGCAAACGCCGUCGCAAACUGCGCAAAUAUUAAACUGCCGUUCACAGCGUGAAGUUUCACCGACGGAUGUCGGUUGUGAGAAGGAGCUCAAUAACAACACUCUACCAUCUCUAUGUGCGGACGCAAUCGCCGCUAAUCUGGAAAGUUUGAGCGGCAAGCAUAACAAACGCUUGCGCACGCAAAAGUCCGAUUUGGGUGUAGCAUGCUUGCGCAUCACAGAGUCAUUGCAUUUGAAUGCCGCCGCCGCAGCAGCGGCUGCAGAUCGACUGCCAUUCGUCUCAUCCGCUUUGCAUCCCACACUGCUAGAGGCGAUGGCGAAGGCCAUACCACUGCCUUACCGUAACCCUUUUGUGCUGCCGCGUCCACCUACAGCCAGUUCCUUUUCUUUUCUGCAACCGCCGCUGCAGAAGGAAAUGCUGCCCGGUUCGAUGCAGCUGUCGCAGUCACCCUCUAAUGAGACGCCUCUGGAGUUCCAUUUCGAUAGUAGCGGCAACCGAAGCAGUUUAUCCGAUGCGCUAACUCAUCCGCACGUCAGCGGCAACAUGAGCGCUGGUGCCAACAAGGCUGCACUAAAUGCGGGUAAUGGUAAUAACGGGUGCGCAGGUGGUGGUGCAUCAAAACACUUGCAACAGCAAAUUACCCACAAUCAGCAGCAAUUAAACCACCAUGCGCGUCAGCAGCAACUUACAAAUAGCGGCGGUAGUCGCGCAACGCUAACUACGGACGGCGUGGCAAUGCAUCACAAUAGCAAGAAGUCAGUGGCCACGUCACGUGCCAAUCUGCAUUCGAAUGCACCCAGCAACUCUGCGACCGCGCAGUAUAAAAGCAAAGAUCGAUACACAUGCAAGUUUUGCGGGAAAGUCUUUCCGCGUUCCGCUAAUCUAACUCGCCACCUACGCACGCAUACCGGUGAGCAGCCGUACAAGUGCAAAUACUGUGAACGUUCCUUCAGCAUAUCCUCGAACUUGCAACGUCAUGUGCGUAACAUACACAACAAAGAGCGUCCGUUCAAAUGCGAAAUCUGUGAACGUUGCUUUGGCCAGCAAACGAAUUUAGAUCGUCAUUUGAAGAAGCACGAAAGUGAUGCGGUAUCCCUAGGUCUGGGCAUGAACGAGCGCAUACGCAGUCUACGUCGUGGUGGCUACUGCGACAAUCCUACUGAAGAGUCCUACUUCGAAGAGAUACGUUCCUUUAUGGGCAAGGUGACACAGUUACCACUUGCCGCUGCAACGGCAGCGUCCGGCUCUACAAUAAACCAAUCCACGUCGGUCGGUAAUCAGGCGAUAGCACCGAAAUCACCAUCGACACGUAGUUCCACCUCAAGCAGUUCCGAACGCGAUUCAUCCACCAGUGGUGGCGGUUUGCAAAUAGUGCAAAACGAUAUGUUUUUAGAACCAGAAGCGGAGGCCGACAACGAAAUUGAAACGGAAGUCGGAGAGGAGUUUGGGAGUAGAAGCGCUAAUCAAAUGGAUGUGACAACGACGCCAGUAAAGAAGUGUAAAGAUGAUAACGAGACGACGACAACAACUUCAAAGUCAAUAACUACUGCAACAACAGCAACAGCAGCAGCUGUGACAAAAAGAGAUGCUACCCGAACUGCGCGACAGUCAGGCGACAAAAGUUUGUACUUUUCGCAAUCGGACGUGUGUUUCAAACGUGACAGCAGCAGUAAUAGUGGCAGCCCACUAUGCGCCACCUGACCUGGCUGCCGGCCACUGUUGAUUCACCCACUAUAUCUGCGCAUUUAGUUUGUAGUGUGAAUUUUAUUGAAUGCAAUUAAAAGUUAUAAUAUUAUAUAUUCGUGAAUUAAGAGUGCGGAUAGUGGCAUAUUUCUAUGUACAGUUAGAUUUAGAUAAAAAUAUUCUCGAGGUGUAUGCUAUGAGUGCUAUGAGUAAUAAGCAUAGGAACUUUGUACUCUGAGAUUUAUUUGAUUGGCCAGUAACGAUAGUAAAAGUUCACGUAAGGGUCAAAAAGAACAAUAACUACAAUAAGUACUGUAUCCUCGAAAAAUUUUCCAACCAGAAAUUUUGUGUGUUUUGAAGUAAGGCUUCUAGCAAUUUUUAUGGAAUUCCAGAUAUAAGCAAUAUCAUUUUAUGAACGUUUAAAAAAGCUUCAGUAAAGCACUUCAUACAAAAAUAAACGAGAAAAUUGCAUACCUUUAGGCGUGCACUCUUUUCUUUCUACAAUUUUUUUUCGCGAUUAAGCAAUUCCAAUGUGUACACUAAACAAUUAUGACUUUACUCCUAUUUUUAUAUAUAUUUUUUCAAUAAAAACUUCCUUGUACGUACAAUAUAUUUUAUUUAAAGCUUGUGUAUGUGUUUCUAUAAGAAAAUCCUUUUUUACUUAGUCCUACUUUUACAUGCACAUAAAUGUAUAUAUGUAUGUAGUUAUAUGAACUUUUCUAGGUUAUGUAAAACGACUAGUUCUUUUGUGUAGAAUAUUAACGAGUGCUUUUUGUGUAUUUAGCUCGUGUAAACACUCAAUCAACAGCCUAUUUCUUAAUCGUUAAAUUAUUUAAGUUACUGAAAUUUUUGUUAAAAAUAGUUCAUAUAUUAUUUGUUUAUCUUAAGUACCUUUAUUAGUUUGUUAAAGAGAAAUUUAUCAAAUUGCCAAUGAAUAAAGCAAUGCAGUUGAGAAAUUAAACUCAUAUAACUAUUAAUGUUGAUGCUAGGAACUCAAAGAGGCAAAUUACUAAAUUUCGCCUUCAUCACUUACCGCCGCAUAACACCGUAAGUAUAAUCAUCUUCAGUUAGCUCAAUUUGUAGAGUGGCGAAUCGAACAAGCAAAUGGUAAAAAUCAAAACGUCACACCUUGAUUUUAUUUUGAUAUUAUCGAUUUAACAUAAACCAAACCAU